AUGGAAGAAAAAAAAAAAAAAAGUUAUAAUAACAAUUUCUCAGGAUUAUUAAAUAAUGGAACUGAUGAUAAUAAUAAAAAGGAGAAGUUAAAAAAUAGUAUAUCUAAAAUGUAUAUUAACAAUAAUAAUAGAAAAAAUUUUAACGACAGUGAGAAGGAAGACCUUGUUAUGAUAGAGGAAAAGAAUGAUAAAAAAAAGAAAAAAAAACAUAUGAUAAAUACAUUUGAACAAGAUAGUAAUGAUAAUAUGAAUGAUAAUAAAAGGUUAGGUAGCUUUUUUAAGAUAAAUGAUAAAUGUGAAUCUAUUAAUGAAAACAUGAAUAAUAUUAAUAAAGAAUCUCCUAAUGAUUGUAUACUAUUUGAAAAUAUUAAUAAGAAGGAAUAUUUUAGUGAAACCAAAGAAGAAAAUAAUGAUUCAAACAAAAGUAAUGAUAUAGAAAAGGUAAAUUCUAUAAAUGUGAAGAAGAAAACUAUUAAAAAGAAUAAAAAGAAGAUUAAUAAUAAAAUUAUAAACAAUAAGAAUAAAACAUCUAAAUCAAAUGAGAUAGAAGAACAAAUAAUUAAUAUUAGUAAACAUAUAUAUAAAAUAUUAAAUAUAUCGAAAUUACCAAAUUGUGAUAUAUUAAAAAGAACAAAUAAAAGAUAUGCUGAAACAUUUUUAUAUUUGACUAAUGGUUAUAAUAUGGAUAUAGAACAAAUAAUAAAAAGAUCUUUAUAUAAAAGAAUGUAUAAAAAUAAUUCAAUAAUCAAAGUUACAGGUAUACAUAUAUAUUCAUUAUGUAAACAUCAUCUUUUACCUUUUGAAGGUACAUGUGAUAUUGAAUAUAUACCCAAUAAAUAUAUUAUUGGAUUAUCUAAAUUUUCAAGAAUAGUCGAUGUCUUUUCUAGAAGAUUACAAUUACAAGAAGAUUUAACUAACGAUAUUUGUAACGCUUUAAAAAAAUAUUUAAAACCAUUAUAUAUUAAAGUUUCUAUUGUAGCUAAACAUUUAUGUAUAAAUAUGAGGGGGGUUAAAGAGCAUGAUGCAAAAACUAUAACUCAUGCAUCUUAUAAAGAAGAAAAAGAGAAUUCUACAGUUCAUUCAUUAAAUAUGGACUGUUCUGUGGAAAAUUUAAAUUAA